AUGCUCACCAUUAGAUCGGAUCCCGAAACGAUUCGAGACACUCUACUACAAUAUGAAGAGUUUGCCGGUUGCACAAUAUCCUGUCUCAAUGGUCCCUCUUCAACCGUCGUAAGCGGUGAGCAUGAUCAGCUCUGCCUGCUGAAGGACCACCUAGCGGGGAUAUCCACCCGGCUCCUUCCUGUGCCAUUUGGAUUCCACUCGCCGCAAAUGGAUUCCACACUGGAUGAGUACCGUCAGCUGUGCUCGUCUAUCCAGUUCAAUGCCCCACAAGUUCCAGUUAUUUCCACAUUAACAGGUUGCGCUGUUGAGCGUGCUGGAAUCUUCGGGCCAGAUUACCUCGCAAGGCAAACUCGAGAACCGGUCAAGUUCCAGGAUGCACUUCGAGCCUGCGAAAUGAAGGUUACCGAGAAAGGCAAGGGCCUUUGGCUUGAAAUCGGCCCUGCCCCGGUCUGUACUGAAGUAGCUCUAACUCAGCAAUCAGUUCCAGGGCAGCACAUGCUAUUCUCCCUCAGUCCUAAGCGGGAUGACUGGGAAGUCAUCUCACAGGUACUGACUCAACUAUACACAAUUGGAUCAGACAUAAACUGGGAAGCUUUCCAUUCAGACUAUGUCGACAAUUUGCAGCUGCUUGAUCUACCCAAAUAUGCUUUUGAUUUGAAGGACUUUGGCAUCCCAUAUCAGAAGGAUAGUGUACUCAUGACAGGAGGCAGACCUAAUGGACCCAGUCGGGAGAUGCCCUUCUCUACCAGCACCUUGCACAAGAUAGAGAAAGAAGUGCAUGGCGAGAGGAGAUCUGCGGUAACAUUUUCGUCGGAUCUCUCGCAAUCAGCCUUACUUUCUGCUCUAAAAGGUCACAGCAUGUUCAAUCAAUGUGUCUUUCCAAGCUCUGUCUACACGGACAUGGCUUUGACGGCUGCCUCUUACACAUUCAAAGUAAUGGAAGCAAUCAGCGAAGUUCCUCCCAUGAGUGUGUCCAAUAUGGAAAUUAUUCAACCACUCGUCGUGCAACAGGAUCAGCCCAACCCUGUUCUUAAGCUCCGCGCCGAACGCAGCAGGGGGAGCAACUGCGUGGAGGUCGUGUGUUUCUCGCAGGCCCCAUCUAGCCCAGAGGAGCAACGGCAUGCCCGAUGUACUGUCUACUUCGACUCGAGCGAUUCUACGAAGCAAGAUCUGAGGGACAGAAGCCAUCACACCCAGGCCAAAUGUGAUACACUGCAACGAGCAGCCCGCACCGGCUCGGCUCAUCAUCUUCGCAACAGCAUGAUUUAUAGACUGUUCUCUCAACCCAUUGUGUACGGUCCCCGCUACCGAUGCAUCCGGGAAAUUACCAUGCAUGAAGAAAUGAGAGAAGCAACGGCCACAAUCAAGUUCCCCAGACCCGCGACCGGCGAAACCUUUACCGUCAGCCCGUACUGGAUGGAUUCGUUCAUUCAACUAGGCAGCUUCGCUCUCAACGGACACGACAACGCUCCAGAGGACACAUCAUACAUCUGCACGGGCUGGUGGAAGCUCUAG